AUGAAUUGUGGAUCGUAUUACGUUUGCUUAGGAGGGAAAUGGAAUCGAUUGAACUGUGCAGAAGGGACUUAUUUCAAUCAAACUCAUGGAAAAUGUGUCAACAAUACUGAUGGAUUGUGUCAAUCAAAUUCCAAGCUCCAGCAGCCAUGCAACAAUGGAACAGUUAUGAAAAUGAAUAUGAGUUCAUGUUCAGCAUAUUAUCUUUGUAUCAAUGAGAGCUGGGUUGUCAAAAAUUGCCCAAGUGGACAUUAUUUCAAUGAAACUUUAAGGGUCUGUAUGCAAGACAACAAAAGACAGUGUUCAGAUUACAUCGAACAGGAAUAUGUGGAGAGUGGUAGAAAAUUCAAUCCAACUGAUUGCACUGCAUUCCAAAUUCUCCAAAACAAUGCAUGGUUAUCAGUGCGUUGUCCGGCUGGUUUUUACUUUGACAUUUCUUUAAGCAAAUGCCUUGUUAACAGUGGUGAAUGCUCUUCGAACGGUUUAAUACGCCACAACUGUACUGACAGAUCAUUAAAACCUAGUUUCAGUAACUUUUCGGAGUUCUUCCAACAUUUACAAAAAUGUGUAGUUUCGAACACCUCCUCAAGUGAAUUAAUGCCAGUGUCACAGUGUUCUAAUGUUAUUCCACGGAGUGAAUUCUAUUUCUCAGAUGAAAUAGAUUGCACGAAGUUUCAUUUUUGUGAAAAUGGGAUUCGUAUUGAUGGUGUUUGUGGCAAAGAGAAAUUUUUCAAUAGUAAAAGCCAACGAUGUGAACAUGACAAAAAUAUGUGUGGCUCUAAACGGAUGACACAUGACAGCAUCUGUCAAAGUGUUUCAAACGGAACGAUUCAAAAGAAUCCCUUCGAUUGCUCAACAUUUUACAAAUGUGUUGAUAUGUCGGCAUUAUUGUCAAGCUGUCCACAAGGAGAGUAUUUUGAUUCUGAUGCUGGCGUCUGUCAAAAUGACAUACAAAAGUGCCACUGCGACGAAACUAAUGUGAGACAAUAUCCUCACGAAACGUAUUGCAGCUUAUACUACACAUGCAUUAGUGGGAAAAUAAUGGCCAUCGCUUGUGAAGAUGACUUUAUGUUCGACACUGUUUCCAAUAAGUGCAUAUCUGAUAUAGACAGCCUUUGUAUCGACGGUCUUUUAAAAACUUCAAAUUUCACUGACGAAACAAUCACCAACACAAGCAUAACUCCAAAUUCAAAUUCUUGCAUCGGCAGGCAUGGGGAUAUCAUACCGGAUCCUCAUAAUUGCAACAAGUUCUAUGUAUGCAUAAACGAGCAACUUCGACAUGAAAUAUGUUUUGAUGGUGAUUUUUUCAAUGCCACUAAAAACAGCUGCAGUCACAAAACUUCUAACGACAUCUGUCAAAAUAUCACUGAAGUCACAAUCAAUUGCUCCACAAGCGAUCCCAAAGUAAACUAUGUGGAUCACAGUGAUUGUAGAAAAUACUACCAGUGCAACGAAGAUGGUGAACUCACAUCGAAAAAGUGUCGAAAUGGUGAAAGUUUUGACAACUUAUUGGGAUUUUGCAAACAAAAUGAUGGAACGUGUUUGAUUGAAAAUGGUCAGAGAGUUGGAGCGUGCGCUGGUAAACAUGGUGUAGUAGUUGCAGAUGCUGACAACUGCCACCAAUAUUAUACAUGCGUUAAUGGACAGAAAAUUUUGAAAAUUUGUAAGCUUGGAGAAUAUUUUGACAGAUCGAAAAGUAAGUGUCAAGAAGAUAUUGAUAAGACGUGCACUGUUUUGGAAGAUAACAAGUUUGCACAUAAAACUUUACUAGAGACCUAA